AUGAGCACAUCAGGCAUUAAACGCAGCCCAUCAUUUUUCGACCAUCUCACAUCUCCUACAGUAACAGGCUCAAAAUUGCUUUUAGAGUCCUCAAUUUGUUUCUCCCACAUUUUAAGUUCAUCUCAUGGCCGUGAUAAAAUUUUGGGAGUGAUCCAAUACUCCGCGGAUCUUUACAAACAAUGCAUGCUAGAAUUUUUAUCUGAGACCAGAAUACGCAAGUGACCUUUAAUGGUUCGUAACGCAAGCAUAAUUUAUGAAUCAAUGCGAAGUGGUAGGAAAAUUUUCCAACUUCUCAGGUGGAUUGAAGAAGUUAGCAGCAUUGGAAAUAAUUUGAAAGAAGCUUUCAGCCUGAUUGUUUUUAUGAAAAUCUUAAGACAUGUGGCUGGGACAAUCUAUUAUAUUUUGGAUAAUUUUGUAUGAAUUUCUAACAUUGGAGUUAUAAGUGACUUUGUAUUGAGCACGAAUUGGAAAUGGGAAAGUACAAAGGACUCAGUGUCUUUCAUAAGAUAUUGGCUACUGCUAAUGAUUAAUUUGACAACAGAAAACAAGAGAAGAAAAAAGGAACUUGCGCUCAUAGAAGAGCUUAAAAGAAAAGAUGAAAGAGUUGUAAGUAAUGAUAAUUGGACACAUAAAGAAUUGCAAAGCUUAAUAAAAAUCCGAGAAAAAAGAAGAUUCCAAACUUUAGUGACUGUCAAAAAUGUAUUGAGAUUAAUCAUGCUUGUGAAAAGCUUAGAGAUGCCAGGCUCAGAGUACAUAAGCAAUAUUUUUUAUAGCUUUUGUGGAGUAAUAUCAAGUGCAAUUGCUAUUUUUAAAUAUAUGACAAUGAAAAAGAUAGAAAAAGGGAAAGAAAAAAAGACGAUAAAAGAGAAGCCAUUGGAAAAAGAAAUGAGUAUUCAAUAA